AUUGGAGGAGGACCGUCCAUCAAAUAUACCGUAUUUUUGAGAAGCAGCAGUAUGGGAUGGACUCUACCAUUCAACUUCAAAAACAUUCAAAAAACUUGGUUUUAAUAGAGAUUAGGUUUGUUUUGCGGCGCAUUCGUCCCGGAUUCCGCGACCUGAACUUGAUCCUCCACCGUCAUCGUUUUGGAAGCCGUUAUAUAUUCAUGCUAAAUAGCUAGCUUUAAAUGAAGAUCCCAAUUUGAGCUAGAUAAUGAGGGUGAAACGCAACGCAAUUUAUCAGGUAUUAUGAUUGAAAUUCUUAUAUAAGUGCAGGAGUUCGUCCGCCAAUUGGAUCCACUUAUCACCGCCACGCACUGCUCUUGGGGCCCCGUGAGAGAUUUGCUGGUAUAGAGGUCGCGAUACCGUCGCGCGUCGGCACUUUCUUGAAGAGGAGUAUCCGACUAUUUUUGGUUUUUGACUCAUUUUUGUCCACCAUAGCAUCGAGAAGUAGCGAAAUCUGACCAAAACCAUUCAAAUGAGGUAUUUUUAAGGUCCCGGAUGAGGGUAUUUUAUACCUCAUCCGGAACACGGAAACAGUUCGUGGAGAGGUGAAUUCUAUACCUCAUCAAUAGACCUCAUCCAAUGAGGUACCCGGAUACGCAAUCACGACGGUAUGCUGAAUUUCUACUAAAAAUCUGCCAUACCAUGCGGAUUGGGAAAAGCGCAAUACUUUUCGCGAGCAUUCCCAGAAUUCCAUCGCUUCCGCCAUUUUCUAGGUAUUCUUCCGCCGCUUUGUCCCACAAAUUGCCACGGGGCCCCAGAAGUCCAAGAGGCGGGUCAUCAGGCAGGUCACAGGUUGGGUCCGUCAAAAAGGUGGCUGCGGUGGUCUUUGCUACUGUCCUUUAUUUCGAUGUCUUUUAAAGGGAAAACUAGCUAGCUCAAAUUGGGAUCUUCAUUUAAAGCUGGGUACUUCAUCAUCGAUAACAAACCAAGCUCACCUCCCGGCGAUGUCGCCGACAACACGACGACCCAGACGUCCAAAACUGCAUGGAUAACUGCCCUAUUUUGCUUCAGAGCCAAGUUUUUUGAAUGUUUUUGAAGUUGAAUGGUCGAGUCCAUCCCAUAAGCAGCGAUUUACUUUCCACAGGAUGAAGCCGAACUGAUUUUGAUUUUUCUACAGGUGGUGCGAUGCAAUGGAAAUCUUCACCUUGUCCUAAAGUCGCUUCUGGAACGCACGUUUUCUCAGGAGCACAGAACGAAAUAAAACUUCGUGAUUAUGCUUCCGCCCAGGGUGUGAACAUUUCCCUUUCGAGUCGACACAACUUCUAAUGCUGCUGUAUGAAGCACAUGUUGCCACAAAAAUAAUGAUACGCACACAAUUCAGUAAGCAUCAGCUAUUCUUCAGGAGCUUUUCUUUGACAGAUAGAUACAAACCGAAGGAAGUCCGUUAUCUGAUUUCACUUUGGAACAUUUGGGUAUCAGUGAUUAGAAACCGCGACUAU